AGUGGCUAGGAGCCCCUUCCGGCUAGAGCAGUGACGCUGGUUUCGCACGUGUGUUUCUUCUUCGGAAUUCCCGGAUUACCCCUGCCCCUGGUGAAUUGGUCGGGCCUGGGUUCCCCUGCAGAUUAAAGGAUGAAGGCGAGAAGAAAUAAAAAACAGGUCCCAAGCUUUCGGAAGUUGCUAAAAACUAGUAAAGUCAAACUUGAAAACAAGCUAAAAAACAAACAAUUUAAACAACAAAGCACUCUCAAGAAGUACCGAAAAGAACAGAGGAAACUAAGACAAGCUGUAAAAGAUGCUGUGUCUAAGAAACCUAUUCCAUUGGAGGACCCAAAGGAAAAACGACCAGGUAAAAGGAUUGAGAGGGAAGAGGAAGAAGAGGAGGAAGCCCUUCCUUUAGAUAUGAUGGAUGAAGAUGACUUACAGUUAAUGAAGGAUUUAGGGCAAAGAGCGUCUUUUCUAACGAGAGAUCUUUCUUCUAGUGAGCCUGUUCACGCCAGGAAGCGGAAGCAUGAGCAUGUUAUAGAUAAAUAUGAAAAAAUACCAAGAACUCUGCAAACUGCACCAGAGAAGGAACUGAUUCACUUACUUCCUAUUAAAGAUAAAAGUGGUAUAAUCCCACAGACGAGAGAGAAACCAGUUAUUGACAGUAACCAAGAUGAAGAGGAUCAAGAAGAGAUGGAACCUGAAGAAGAGAUCAUUGAAGAACCCAUUAAAGAGCUGACGUUAGAAGAACAUUUAAUUGAGAGGAAGAAGAAACUACAGGAGAAGAAAAUGCGUAUCGCAGCCUUGGCAUCUGCCAUAUUAUCAGAUCCAGAAAGUAAUAUUAAAAAAUUGAAAGAAUUACGUUCCAUGCUGAUGGAACAGGAUCCUGACGUGGCUGUUACUGUUCGAAAGCUGGUGAUAGUUUCUCUGAUGGAGUUAUUUAAAGACAUUACUCCUUCUUAUAAAAUACGACCCCUAACAGAGGCAGAAAAAUCUACCAAGAUCCGCAAAGAAACCCAGAAGUUAAGAGAAUUUGAAGAAGGCCUGGUUAGCCAAUAUAAAUUUUACUUGGAAAAUCUGGAGCAAAUAGUUAAAGACUGGAAGCAAAGGAAGCUGAAGAAAAGUAAUGUGGUUUCCUUAAAGGCCUACAAGGGACUGGCAGAGGUGGCUGUGAAGAGCCUGUGUGAGCUGCUGGUGGCCCUGCCUCAUUUCAACUUUCACAACAACAUCAUUGUACUGAUUGUCCCUCUCAUGAAUGACAUGUCAAAAUUGGUAUCUGAAAUGUGUUGUGAAGCAGUAAAGAAACUCUUUAAACAAGAUAAAUUAGGCCAAGCAUCACUCGGUGUAAUUAAAGUGAUUUCUGGUUUUGUGAAAGGCAGAAAUUAUGAAGUUAGGCCAGAGAUGUUAAAAACAUUCUUGUGCCUAAGGAUCAAAGAAGUAGAAGUGAAAAAAGAUACAGAGGAUAUUAAUAAACAAAAAAAGUUCAUGACUUUCAAGGAAAAGAGAAAAACUCUAUCAAGAAUGCAGAGAAAGUGGAAGAAAGCAGAAGAGAAACUAGAGAGAGAGCUUCGGGAGGCAGAAGCUUCGGAGAGUACUGAGAAAAAACUUAAACUGCACACGGAGACUCUGAAUAUUGUGUUUGUGACCUACUUUAGAAUAUUGAAGAAGGCCCAGAGGUCACCUCUCCUGCCAGCAGUUCUGGAAGGUCUUGCCAAGUUUGCUCACCUUAUAAAUGUGGAGUUUUUUGAUGAUUUAUUAGUAGUUCUACAUUCUCUCAUUGAGUCUGGUGACCUAAGCUAUCAAGAAAGUCUUCACUGUGUCCAGACUGCUUUUCAUGUUCUUUCUGGGCAAGGUGAUGUUCUGAAUAUUGAUCCAAUGAAAUUCUAUACACAUCUUUACAAAACACUGUUCAAGUUACAUGCAGGUGCUACGAAUGAAGGUGUUGAGAUCGUCCUCCAGUGCCUUGAUGUCAUGCUGACUAAGCGCAGAAAGCAGGUUUCUCAGCAGCGGGCCCUUGCCUUCAUCAAGCGCCUUUGUACCCUUGCUCUUCAUGUGCUUCCAAAUUCAAGCAUUGGCAUUUUAGCAACUAACAGAAUAUUAAUGCAUACUUUCCCCAAAACAGAUCUGUUGCUUGACAAUGAAUCUCAGGGUAGUGGAGUUUUCCUUCCUGAGCUGGAUGAACCUGAGUACUGCAAUGCUCAGAACACUGCUCUUUGGGAAUUGCAUGCACUGAGGCGACAUUACCAUCCUAUAGUGCAAAGAUUUGCAGCUCACCUCAUCGCUGGAGCCCCUUCCGAAGGCUCGGAAGCACUCAAACCAGAGUUGAGCCGAAGAUCUCCUGCAGAACUUUUUGAGGCUUAUAGCAUGGCAGCAAUGACAUUCAAUCCUCCUGUUGAAUCUUCAAAUUCCAAAAGGAAGGAUAAAAUUUUACAAGGGGAUUCAUUUUUAAGUGAAGAGAUAAGUCAACUAAUCAAAAGACAUUGUAGUGAAGUUGCUACUCAGUCGCCUCUGGAUUUCACCAAAUAUUUGGAAACAUCAGUACGUUCACACUGAGGACAGGACUGAGGGGAGGAAGGGGAGGCCUUCACCUGCUGAAUGACGUCCUGUGCAGUGCUGACGCGGGGCGCCUUGAUGACUGUCCGCGGCUGCUCGGGAGAAACGUCGUGCACUUGGACAAAGAAACUCUCCUCCUCUGAGCUCAGGAUCAUCUCCUUGUCAUCUUGAACGAUGCUCUUCUCUUCCAGGUUCUGUGUUAAAAAAGAAGAAAAGUCUGAGUGGAUGGUAAGAUGGUGUAGAAUAAGGAAAGAAAAGCCUAGCAAAAAUUUGACAUGGAUCUUGGUAACGUGGAAGCAACUUCUUAGCUUUAUAUUCCAUACGCUAGUUACUAUUUCAUAAACUAUUCUAAAAGGAUUUACAUCUCUUCUUAGAGGAGGAAAGUACUGUAAGUUUCUGCUGAUGUUGACACGCUGAUAAGGUUUGGUCCAGAACAAGCCAGUAGAUCUGCUCCUAUGAGCUGUGGAUUUUGAGUCCAAAUCAGCUAGAGAUAAAUUUGUAAAAAGACAAUAUGCCAUUUUGUCAAUUACUAAAAGCCAAAUAAGAACACAAUAAAUACAUUUAAGAGAAAUCUACCCAUUCUCCCACAGACCUUGAGCACUUAAGAAAUGCUAGACAUCUGAAACGUGAGACAUGCAAAAUCGGCAUUCAGGCAGGCUGGAUGAACAAAACCCACAGUGGAAAGGCUAAAACAAUGACUGGAAGUAAGUCACAUCGAAAGGAAUAUCGACAAAAUUCUCAAUAAUUAUGAGAAUUGGUCAUCAGGUUAGAUGGCUUUUGGUGGGCUGGCUUUCAGUGAAUUUUACAUAUAUAAUUAUAUAUUACAUACACAGAUAUAUCUAUAGACAUAUGUAUCUUUUAAAAAAUUUUCAAGCGGUAAGGAAAUAUAUCAAUAAAAAGGCAAACUUCCCAUUUCUACCUUUUUUCUUUUUCUCUUCCACCUCUCCCAUCUCAUUCUCCACAAAAAACCCCACUGUUAUUAGGUUGCAUAUCCUUUUAACCAUCUGCUAUGGAUAUACAAAUGUAUUUUUGUAUAUGUGAAUAAAUAUAUACAAAGAAACCCUGGAAUUAUGUGAAUUUAGAUAUAAUGUGAUCGUCAAAUGGCCCCUGUCAAAUGAGGUUAUGUAAAGCUGUCUUCCGCAAGGGGGAGGCAAGGCAAGUGAGCAAUAGGGAACCCCAUCUCAGGAACUGAGGAUGUGGCAGGAAGGCCCUCCAGUCCUCAGCAUUCUAGCUUAAUCUCAGAUCAGGCCACAGAAAUGGUGCUACCUAACCAGAAGACUCCAAGAAUCACUGUCAUUGUCCUGGAAAGUCCAGCCAGCCCCAGGACCUAGAAUAGUCCCCACUGAUUUUAAAGUCAAAAUGGACAACUGUCACCAGGUGGCGCCAAACUGUAGCCAGGACCAGAAAGGACUGGCUCCUGGGGCUUCUCACCAACCAGGCACACAGCCUCGCCCCAAUCAUUUCAUUAAGCUUGCAGUCGUGGUCCCUAGAAUUUACACAACUGAACUGUUUUGACCCCAUUCAUCAUAUUAUGCGUGAAGGGGAGAGAGCCAUUGUCUAUUUUUAUUACAUAAAAUGAGACUGUACUCUAGUACCUAUGUUAUCCUACAACUCCUUUUUUCUCUCCACUUAAAAGACUGUGAGGCUUCCCUGGUGCCGCAGUGGUUGAGAAUCUGCCUGCCAAUGCAGGAGACACGGGUUUGAGCCCUGGUCUGGGAAGAUCCCACAUGUCACGGAGCAACUGGGCCCGUGAGCCACAAUUACUGAGCCUGCGCGUCUGGAGCCUGUGCUCCGCCAACAAGAGAGACCGCGAUAGUGAGAGGCCCGCGCACCGCGAUGAAGAGUGGCCCCCACUUGCCGCAACUAGAGAAAGCCCUCGCACAGAAACGAAGACCUAACAUAGCCAUAAAUAAAUAAAUAAAUAAGAAAGAAAGAAACGAGAGAAUAAAUAAAAUUAUUAAAAUAAAAAAGACUGUGAUCAUCAUUUCAUGUCAGUUCCUAAAGAUUUUGCAUAAUAUGUCAUUGCAUUGAUUAUAAUAUAUUUAACCAAUCGGGGAGUGGGGUUGGGUGCUAAUUCACAUGACAUAAUUUAUAAUCUCAGGGUUCUGAAAGCUAGGAUGUAAGUAAGCAAGACAAAAAACAAAAAAGUUCUAAGUUGCCACAUAAAAUAUCCCAAUGACCAUGCACUGGGAAUUACUUCUAAGAGCACUCCUUAGAGCUUUACUCAGAGCUUAUUAAUGUUUAAGCCGUUUUCAGCCACAUUAGAAGCCACAGAUUAUGAACAUAACAAUAACCUUCAUUUGCAUAUUCCUUUACAGUCUACUAAGCAUUUCUCUACAUAUUGUCUACAUGUUUGGCAUGAGUCUCAUGAUAAUCUUUUUGAGUCAAGCAGGGUAGUUCCUCUCAUAGAUUUUACAAAUUAGGGCAUAGAGGUUUACAGAAUUCAGAUGAGCCAUUGAAGGUCAUCCAUCUAAUUUGUGUCAGAGACAGGUUUGUCUGACUUCAAAUCCAGCAGGUGUCAGAGGACAGCAUAUUGACCACAGGAAGAUACCUAACAGCUUGAGAGCCCAGAAGACAAGAAAAUCAUACA